AUGCAUAAUUCUCCUGUGGACAUUUUAUUAAAAAAACAAUGUGAACUGAAUAAUACACACCUACUGGAAGUAGAAUCUGAAAUAGAAAAUACCUGGGCUGUGGAGGCUUUUCUUCCUCCCCCAAAACAAGGUCUGUGCCCUGUUUUGUGUUCAUGCUCAAGUUGGAUCGGGGCAACAGAUAUCGACAAAGAAGGAGAUUUUACAUGGAAUAAGAAGACAGAAGUGACAUAUUCCAACUGGCAACCUGGAAAGCCUAGUAACGACAGAAACUCCGACUGUGUACAACUCUGUCCAAAUGGAUUAUGGGAUGACGCAAAAUGUGUAGGAGCAAACAAUUUAUUUGCGAAAAAGAGUGAGAAACAGUGCCUGUUUGGAAAGGAGUUCUUGUCCUCUGUGUGUUUCUUUUGACUAAAUAAUAGCUUUUUGGAACAAUCAUACAUGUUUAUUUUAAAAAAUCAUAUAUUAUACCUGAUGAUAUCCAGAGAUGUUUUUAGUUUAUACUUUUGUUUUCCUGUCAUCACAUUUUUCCCAUUAAAUUUCUGAUUUCUCUAACAUGUAGAGACAAGAUAUUUUUUAUUUGAAAAGGUAUUAAAAAAUCAGUAGAAUCUAAUUUUCCUGGACAUAUUUUAUAGACAGAUCCUUAUUCAAUGUUGUGUAUAUUUUUAUCCAGAUGUGAGAGAAUAAUAUAUGGCUGUCAUUUAAAAAAAAAAUUGUCUUCUUUGAAUGACGUAUUA